AUGGGUGGCCCAACGACCAAUGGAUCCGGUGUGAGCAACGGCUCCGGUAGCGUCAAUGGAGCGAACAAAGCAGAGAAGUUCGAGGAUGAGAAGCGGAGGAUCAUUGAGAGCUGUUUCUCUAAGAAGGACCCAGACGGAUCUUUGGCCGAAUCUUACAUUACGCAUAUACGCAUCCUUGAAGAUGGCGCCUAUCAGUCGUCGCCUCCCCCGCCAAACGCGAGUACAGAUCAGAAAAAGCCCCGGGUUAUAAUUGUCGCGGUUCGCAAGUCUGGCCGUGUCCGCAUGCAUAAGGCGCGAGAAAAUGGAAACGGCACAUUUUCGAUUGGCAAAACAUGGCCACUUGACGAUCUAACAGCGGUGGAAUCCUUCAGCGGCUCGGCGCCAACUACUCCCGAGGCGGAACUUCGAAGGCAAUGGGCCGGGGGCGUCGGCUUUAUUGCAAUAAUUGGCAAACCAUACUAUUGGCAGGCGAAUACUCCAAAAGAAAAGCAGUUUUUCAUAGGAAGCCUUGUCAAGAUUUAUAUGAAAUACACGGGAGGUAAAGCGCCAGAGCUCAUAGGGUUCGACGAUCAAGAGAAAGAUCAGUUGCUUGGAAGGGCAUCUGGACAGUCACGCCCUCCAGCCCUCAACAAGCCUGGCCAGCCAAGUCAACCACCCCGCCUUGUCCCCCGGCAAAGGUCCCCAGGACAGGAGCAAAGAUCUCCUUAUGAGGCUGGUCCUACCUCUGAUGCUCGACCCCCAACAUCAAAUUCACAGAUGCAACUUCCCCGAGAAGAUUCGGAAACAGAAUCUUCCACAUCACGUUCAAUUGGGCAACAGCAGGCCUUACCAAGGGUGCUCAAGCUGACAGGGUACAGCCAAAGCCAAGAAGCCUCUACGAGUAGAGAUGGGGGCUUGCCACCUCGAUCGCGCGGAGGCCUAAAUGGUACGGCAAAUGUCCCUGGCAGGUUUCCGGACCGGACCGUCACACCUGUGUCGCAAAGGACUCUGACUCCUGACAAUACCGGGGUUCCGCGCCAAGCGACACCAGUUGAUGAACUCCCUGUAGCUGGAAACGCUCCCCCGGAAAGAAGGAGGCCUCCUUUGCAGAUUUCUUCGGAGAGGUCUCUCUCCACUGACAACAUGGUCCCAGCGCCUUUGGCCACUCCAUCGUCUCAACGGGAACUUGUAAGACCUCCAGCUCGCAGCACGGACAGGCCAGAAGCCCCCCAACCCCUCAGGGUUAUUAGUCCGUCAAGCACAGGCUUUGGAGCUCAAGGUGAUCGACCAGGAACCGCUCCCAUGAAGCCUCUCAAUGUCACCAAGGAUAGUAACAUAACCGAACCCCCCACAGAAGAUUCGUCACAAGUCCCUACUGAACCGGCUGUCGAGGUGCCUAAGGAGCCUCUAGAGGACGCCAGACCUGGCCUUGGCCCUAUGAUCAAGAAAAAGUCGAGGGCUGACGUCGCAAGCGCAUUCCGGAAAGCUGCAACUGCUGCAAGUGUAGCCAAUUCCUUUAAGCCAAGAGCAGGAGGCGCCGCUGAAAGGCUUAGAGAACAGCAAGCCAAAUCGCCAGAAGGCCCAGAUGGGAUCACUGGGGUUGUACCAGCUCCUUCUAAGAUGCGGAGUGUUAGCAACGAUAGUUCACGACGGAAGCCGGAUCAUCUGGUUUCAGAAGAGGCAAUUCCGCCGAUAGCAGAGGGCCCACUGCCGAAGAUUACCGUUGCACCCACUGAGAAAGCUGAGGCUGAGGCUGAGAAAACUCCCCCGAAAAGCACUUCGAAGCAAGCUUCCCCGCAAAAGAAGCCUCGAGAUGCCAAACGUCCAAAGCCUACAGAAGAGACACAAAAACAGCUUUCGUCAUUGGGUAUAGAAUCGUCUAUUCUUGAUGACAGGGGAGCAACUUUCGCGACACUACUAGAUGAUUUUGGCUGGAUGGGGGAUGGUAUUCAUGCUAAGAGUAUUGACCAGAUGAAUGACGAAAUCGACCGAGAGCUCAACCAAGCACAGAUUGGUGGCUGGUUAAGUCGUUUUGAAGAAGAAGAUGAUAGGAUUGACGCUAUCAGGAGAGGUUUGGAUAUUUCUAUAGCCGAAUGCGAAGAGCUUGAUGGCCUGCUGACGCUCUACGGUGUUGAACUUGGGACUUUGAAUGAAGAUAUUGCGUACAUUGAGGCUCAAUCACAGGGUCUACAAGUUCAAGCAGCGAACCAGAAGCUUCUUCAAGCUGAGCUAAAUUCUCUACUUAAGACAGUAUCGAUAUCACUAUCGCAGCUCCAGCCCCUAAAGGAAUCCUCCCUUGAGUCUCCACAGGGCCUCGACCAAAUUGAAAGGGCACUGGUUUUACUAUUUAAGGCUAUGAUUACAAUCGAUCCAACGCUUAGCAGCCUAUCGUCAUCCCGUGCUAGUGAAGACGAUAGUAGCCGCUCCGGCAAGUUUGAAAAUAGCGGCAUUAGCAGCAUGCGCGUCUUGCAGGAAAAGAAGGAGAUGUACAAAACAGAAAGCACCCUGUUUCUGAGCCGACUGAAACAAUUCCUUCAAGUCAAGUUCGCUGCUGCUUUUGACGAAUGCAAAAAGGGGCUAGAGCGACAGAAGGAGUCAGCACUCAAUAGACGGACCGGCAAAAACAAGCUCGAUCCAAAAAGCCAUGAUAUGACGAGAAACAUCUUGUGGAAAUACAGCCCUCUAAUGCUCUUCUUGAGAGAGAUAGAUCGCGUCGAGUGGGAAGAGUUCAUGAAGAUCUACGUAUCCGCAUCCCGGCCAAUAUACCAGGAAGAGGCCCGGGAUGCUGUGGCAGCAUGGCAGCGAAAUGCGAAAAAGCCAUCAGGGGACGAACAUGAAGUGCUCUUUACCUCCCAGGUCGAAAAACAGACCGAGGGCAUUGCAACGACAGCGAGAAAAUUAACAGUCAAGCGGAGUCAAACUUUAGCAAAGAGCUUGAGAUCGCCGCUUGGCGACAGCGGAAGCAGAACACCGGCCGACAAAGUCCAGGAUGGCCGCAUAUCCCGGUAUGAGGUCAUUAACAACAUUCUUGACGAGACUCUACCCUUCAUUAUCGCAGAGCAGAAUUUUGUUGUAGAUUUUUUCCAUAUCUCCUCGUUCGAGACUCAAGACUUUGUCGAAGCUGUGUCUUCCGUCCCUGCAGAUGCACGACAUGGAGGCGACCUUAAGAAACUAAAGCUUAUGGAUCCAAACCGCGACUUCGCCAGAAAAGUUCUAUCGUCGAUGCAAGACGAAUAUUCCUUUUUCACCAGUGAUAUGCAACAAUUGGUGGAAUGGGCCAUACGAGAUGAUCCAUUGCAAGGAGUAGGUAUCAUUGCAGUCAUUGAGCGCAAACUCGUUGAUAUCGAAGAAUCCAAUCAAGAAUUCCUUGCACGGUCCUUGCAAAAGAUACACAGUGGCCUUGUGGGACUCUUCGUCAAAUUUUUGGAUGAGCAGAUACGAGCCAUUGAGGACACAAAAGUCAAAAUCAAGAGGCGCAAGGGAGUUAUCGGCUUCAUCCGCAUAUUCCCGCUCUUCUCUACAAUUAUCGAGAGCAUGCUUUUGUCUGCGGACGACCUGGACAUUCGCGAGACGGUUAACAACGCGUACAACCGGAUCAACAAGACAAUGUUUGAAAGUCUCAAGAUUAUUGCUCGUGACAACACGGGAACUAUGGAGACUGGAGGAGGGUCGGAGAACAAGGAAGAGCUUAAUCACCAGAUUCUCCUCAUCGAGAACAUGAACCAUUAUCUGGAAGAGGUUGACCCACGAAGGAAUCAUGUUCUGGAAGACUGGAAAGAGAAGGCAGGGCAGGAGUUUGAUGAGCAUCUUGGGAAAUACAUUUCGGCAGUUAUGUCACGCCCGCUCAAACAACUUCUCCUGUUCCUCGACACAAUCGAAACAACCAUCCUUACCCUGCCACAGGGCAGUCCUCCGUCCACGAUCGCCCAGAAUUCACGACAAAGCAGGAUUGCAUUCCAACAGGUACUUGCGGAACACGACUCAAAGUAUAUAAGGAACGGUAUUAUAGCGCUGAAGAAGCGCGUGGAGAAGCAUUUUGGCGAUGCAGACGACCCAGGUCUGUCUCGAGCACUGGUUGCAAAGGUUCUGGAAGCUUGCGAGAACUACUUUGAAGAUGUGGAGAAUAGAGUACGGGCUAUCAGCACAGAUGUCUAUGAUGGGGUUCCUGCGGUCGAAUGGACCAAAAACGAUAUCAGUUCGACAUUUAGAUAG